AUGUCUCAUAUGUCAAUUCUACUUCAGACGUUCCUCAGAGAAGCAAUUCCCCAAACCACAAUGUUUCAGAUCAAAGAAGCAAUACUACACAAGACAUCAACGUUCCAGUGGUUCCAGUCGUUCCUCAAAGAAGCCAUUCUCCAAGUUACAAUGUUUCAGAGGCUCCUCAAAGAAACAGUACCCCACAAGAUAACAAUGUUCAGAACGUUCCUCAGAGAAGCAACUCCCCAAAUAACAACAAUGUUCAAAACGUUCCUCAAACAAGCAAUACCUCACAGGACAACAAUGUACCGGACGUUCCUCAAAGAAACAAUUCUCCACAAGACAACAAUGUUCCAGUCACUCCUCAGAGAAGCAAUUCCCCAAAUCACAUUGUUUCAGAGGUUCCUCAAAGAAUCAAUUCGCCAAUCAACAGCAAUGUUCUGGACGCUCCUCAAAGCAGCAGUACCUCAAAUGACAACAACGUUCCAGACAUUCCUCAGACUAGCAAUUCUUUAA